UGCGCCCGCUUCCGAAUUACACCGCCUUUUACACCGUUCCUCACAGAAGCUCAUCGCCAUGUAUGUCCAGGUCCUAGGCGCAGCACGUACAUAUUUUUGUGUGUACGACCGCCUAUAGAGAUAGCCCAGUACGCAUUGCCACUCGAUUUGCAUGCUGCGUCCUCGAGGCUGAUCAAGUUUGAUUCGCAGGGGUCUGCCUCUCUCCAUGUCCUCCCCCCUGUUUCUCUUCCUCCACCCGCCACCCCCAUUCCACCGUACGCCCUCCGGCUACACUUUUUAUGGCGGGCUGGGGCUCGAAUUGGGAGCACGAGGUCCCAAUACCGCCGAACGCCAUUCUACCAAGUAAUUGGCGCACAGUCGAUCCAACGAGGCCGUGGGUGCCUUCGCCAGAACCUCAAACUGUAGCUCUCCCCGACGAUUGUGGCGAGAACAGACCGCAGAAAUCUGCCACAGGCGACCCGCUGUGCGUUCCCUUCCCAGAACCCCGGCGAUCGCAAGAUCGAGCGACGCCGGAGGCGAAGACGGACGAUUCUUCCGAGAGACCGAAACGCAGAUCGCGGCUAUCGGUUUUCUACUGGAUAGAUAGGCUCAGUGCGCAUGAGUUUCAUUGCCUGAAUCGCCGGAUGGCCUCGCUGAUCGCGGUGCAGGAUCGUCGUGGGGCCGAAAGCCUAAGCAAGACAAAAGCUCGCAGACAGUGCAGCAGCUAGAGGCGAGGCAGGUGACGCCCGGCGAAUUCAAGGCGUACGGGUACUGGGCGCGGCCCCGGUUGGGCAGCAUCAUAGUGCGAAAUGCCAGUGCGUGCAUGGGUUCUCGGCCUUCUUACCGUACACGCGGCUGACGCGCCGCCGCACCAGCACCCCCUCCGUUCCCGCGACACCUGACGCAGACGCAGGUGGAGGCUGUGAUGCGCAGCCUCCGGAGCCCCGACGGCGCGAUGCACCCCGAGAACUGGAUCCCCCGCCUCGAGCACCCGGCGCUGCCGCCGCGCCCCGACCUGUGGUCGACGCCACCCUCGACGCCACGGUCCACGCCGCCGCCGCUCCCGUGCGAGAUGCAGCUGAAUCCGCUGCUGCAGCACAGGCGCACGGGGCUCCCAAUGCUCGACUACGACCUGCGGCACCGCGAUCUGUGGGUGUUCGUCGGGCCGCCGCAGACGCUGCCCGCCGCGGGCGGCGCGGACGCGCUCAAGGUGCCCGUCUCGCUCGAGCUGUACGGCCCGAACGGCGCGCAGCCCGCGACGUACCCGGGCGUCGGCGCGCUGAACGUGACGAUGCUUGGCGACGAGCCCUUCGCCGAGUUCCACUGGCCGUUCAUCGUGCUCUCGCGCCACCCCGCGCUGCCCGUCACGGUCCAGGACGUGCUCGAGGCGGUGCACGAGAACUUCCGCCAGUGCCUCACCACGGAGGAGGUCGACAUGCUUGGCCCGUUCCGAAGGGACCAGCUCUUCAGGACGUACUGGGCCCGCGUCGAGUGGUUCCCGAGCGACGAAACCGCAGGACUCCGUCGCGUGGAUUAUCUGGGCGAUCGGUACAUGUUUCGCGGGUUGGAGCCGGCGCCUGUUGGUGAUGGAUUCAUGAUUUUCUUUGGGCCUCAGAGAUGAAUUUUUUCUCUCACUUUCUUUCUUUCUUCCCCCCUUUUCCCCCCUUCGACAUUUCUUAUUCAUAUUGUAAACUCUACAAAAUGCGUAUUGCAAGUUUGUAUCCUCCCACUACUCUGUACGUUGUAACACGUGUUUGUUUAGUCGCGCCGCUUGCCCUUGUACCUCAUCCCCCUCCCACCUUACUUCUCUCCGACUCUGCGGAACGCCGGACGAGCUUGCAGAGGUGUCGCGUGAGCUACACGGAAAGCGAGGAGCGCGCCGCCUCAUAUGCCCAUAUUGUGGCCCCGGACGGAGCAGAAAUUCGAUAGAAACACGGUGUUAUGGCAUUGGAGGCGCGCGGCGCGCUUACCUCGGAAGGGCGUCCCGGACAGGCGAGAGUCGCCACCGCCUUCGCAACCUUCGUGCUCCACCGCCGCCGGAGGCGUGACAUCGACAUCACAUGCAUUGUUACACACCGUGUAGGACUUUCCAGGCUGUCGGGCCGCACUCUGUGCUCAGACCCACGCUGGGCGAAAUCGGGCGAGUGAGAGAGUCAGUGAACAAAACAGAUGAUCGCGGGAUGCAGAUAAGUGCGACUCACACAGGCUUGAGCUUGAUUCAUAACACACGUGUAUCGGCGACGCGCAAUGGUCUGUGCAGUGACCGAGUGCUGGGGCGCUUAGAGACGAGAAUUAGCUCCGUAGCCAGCAGGAUAGAGUUCAAGGAUGCAAUAAGGAUGCUGCAAAUAAGAUCCGUCGGCAGCAUCGGGUCCAAACUCGCCGCUUUGCUAUUGAGAUCCCAGAAUAGAGGCGAGGACGCAACUCGGGGGACAUUGGAAUGCAUGCAGCAUGCGAAGAUGGUGGCCAGGCGAGAUAACGCGUCCGCCUGAUCCGCGUGAGGUUAUCGCGCAGCCCGACGUGUUGUCCGGCCUCAGUCGCAAAUGAUCACGUUGACCGACAGCGCUACCCAAGAGCGCAAGUAGAGCGUCAUUAGUUUUUGGGCGCCGCAGGUGCAUCAUAGCGGAGCGUUGUGGCAGCUUCGCCAGGGCCUCGAGGACCUAUAUCGGCGGUGGAAGAGUAAACAGCGCCGACCGUGCCCGUACGAGAUCGACGGAUACCCAAGCAUCUGGAAAGCUUGGUGAAUCGUGAUCAAAGUUACGACGAGUACCCUCGGUUUGCUCUCGAUGUUACCGAACAAGUUGCUAGCCUG